AACGUUCUAUUGAGACUUUUUCACCAGUCUGGAUCAUUCCAAACGUUCAGUACAAUUCUAUUCAUCCAGCCAGCCACGAGCCAAUUACGAGCUAAUUUUACCCUUAUGUGGAGCUGUUCUAUUUCUGAUGUAUUCCAAACCCUUAGAAAAAUACAGGUUGGAGACCAAGAGGAUUACUCUGAUGGCGUCGUGUCGAAUUAAUGAAUUUACUUUGUAUGCGGAGGAGGACAAAUGCCAGCAGGAUUACUGUCUCCUCGUGUCAUUUCCUGCUUUCACCGGAUCUCCACAUACCUCUCCGUUUGAUCAUAAUGUGAAGAAGAACUGGACAAAACCGGUCCACAGAAUUUUAUUGCAUACAGCAUUUUCUCAUUCUCGGUAUUACCCGGAUUUAUACCUUCGUGACGGAGAAUGCUUCCACUUUCUCCAUAAAACCCGGGUAUUUAACAGAUAUACUGGUGGGUGGAUGGAUGGAUGUUCAGCACUUUCUCUGUGUUUACUUCUACCUCUCUGCUCAAUUAAAUGACGACGUGCUUCAGUUCGCGUUCUACUUUCGCACACGACGGAGAAAGUUAGCAUAGAAAAAAACAUGAGAGACUAUUACUUAAUAUUUCUCGUCUUAUUUUCGACAUCGUCAUUUGUCAAUUCGCAAAAAUUUUCUAAAAGUCUAAAUUCGUCAGAGGGCAUUGCUCCCGAUUUCAUAGUCAAACCAUCGUUCCAAAGUCAUAACAAGUUUACCAUCCAAUCUGUCAUUGCACAGAGAGAUAGAGAAAAAUGGGAACAUCCGCAAUGGUGGAGAGCUUACUUUGCCGAACUUCUGGCAGCAUUACUACUCGUCGUGGCAGCAGUGAUAUUUUUCAUCUGGUGGUGCUACACGGAGAAAAAGUAUGGUCCAAUCUCCAUCCCGGUGGACGAGGAGGGUCGACCUUACCUAUAUUCACGGCACGGACGCAUCCGGUCUGCUUCGACCACGGCUUUACCUGAAAUGGUGAUCCAUCACCCGAAUCGAAGAGCGUCCACUUCGACUGGUUUUCCCAAGUGCUCGAAACCUGCCUGCGUUUGUGCCGUACCUCAAAAAAGUGAAGUGGGGCGAGGAAACAAAUGGCGACAGUGGAGAAAUACUAUUAAAAAUGAAGACACGGAAGUUUACGGUCCGGCCAACAAAGUUUAAGCAGCAGCUUUAAUAAGUUUGCAAAUUAUGGGAGAAUAUAAAAUUAUGUUGCAAUGUUUUAUGAGCAUAAGCUUGUGAAAUAUGUAAUUGGAGACUGAAUAAGUUUAAUUAUGCCAAUUUAUUGAAAUUAUCUUACGGAUUUGAAAAUUUUGGCUGAAUAAAAGCUUUACAAAGUUAUGGACAAAAAA